CCUUAUUAACCUAUAUCACCAACUCCGAAACCCUAAUUCCCAAAUUGCGGAGGCUGAGAGAUCUCAAAUCGACCAACAGGAAGAAUGAGCAGCCGUUCGAGUAGAACCGUGUACGUUGGAAACCUUCCUGGCGAUAUCCGUGAGAGAGAGGUUGAAGAUUUGUUCAGUAAGUAUGGACCUGUUGUUCAAAUUGAUUUGAAGGUCCCUCCAAGGCCUCCUGGUUAUGCAUUCGUUGAGUUUGAUGAUGCUCGGGAUGCUGAAGAUGCUAUUCAAGGUCGGGAUGGCUAUGACUUUGAUGGGCAUCGUUUGCGGGUGGAAUUGGCGCAUGGUGGGAGGCGUUCCUCAGAUGAUACUCGGGGUAGUUUCAAUGGUGGUGGCCGUGGUGGUGGUCGUGGCCGCGGUGAUGGCCGUGGUGAUGGUGGUAGUCGUGGCCCAUCUAGGAGAUCAGAGUUCCGUGUUCUGGUCACAGGCUUGCCUUCAUCUGCUUCUUGGCAAGAUCUCAAGGAUCACAUGCGUAAAGGAGGAGACGUCUGUUUCUCGCAAGUGUACCGUGAUGGUAGAGGUACAACUGGAGUUGUGGAUUACACCUGCUAUGAGGACAUGAAGUAUGCGGUGAAAAAGCUCGACGACACAGAGUUUCGAAAUGCGUUUUCUCAUGGAUAUGUUCGGGUUAGAGAAUAUGAUUCAAGGAAGGAUUCUAGGAGUCCUAGCCGGGGAAGAUCCUAUUCUAGGAGUCGCAGCCGCAGCCGUGGGCGAAGCUUGAGCCGAAGCAGGAGCAGAAGCAGAAGCAGGAGCAGGAGCAGGAGCAGGAGUCCAAAGGCAAAGUCUUCACGUAGGUCCCCUGCAAAAUCUACAUCAAGAUCUCCUGGCCCCCGCUCGAAGUCAAGGUCACCGUCUCCAAGAAGAUCACGUUCAAGAUCAAGAUCUCCUUUACCUCCUCAGGUUCAGAAGGAAGCAAGCAAGAGCCCUAGCAAGCCAAGUCCAGCCAAGAGCCCUAUCCGCACUAGGAGUCCAUCGCGGUAAAAUUGGAGAUAUCCAGGUGAAAAGAGAAGAGAGAGAAGCAUCUUCUUGCUACGCAAAAAAAUCUACUUUCUUGAAGUGGAUCAUAUCUUAACGCUUAUUGACUGUAGAAGAUGAGACAAGUUUUGGGAAUGAUUUGCACUAUCAUUUUGUAAUAUUCUUGCUACGAUUCGUCUUCUGGAUCCUAUACUUCUUGGAAUGAUGUUUUUUCCUGAAGAUAUCAUUUUCUG